GGAUGUCACAUCUUUCGCUUCGGCAUCAUUGCUCUUUCGUCCAGGCUACAAGACCCCUCCAAAUCCUUGCUCCGGUUAAGGGCACAAGGCGAAUGGGCUAAUACAAGUAUAAUCAGGCAAGUCUCUCAGCUCUUACUGUUUAGCACGAAAAGUACCUUAUCUGGCUCCAGGCAACCGACGGUACACAAUGAAGCUCUUUUUGGUGUCAAUUGCGAUGGCCGCAGCCGCGGUCGUCCAUGCCGAGAACGGUGCAAAACCCUUACGAGGCAGUGAGCCUGAAACCAAGAACUUCCAGUUCUUUGACUUCAAUCAAAAUCCGUUUGUCAUCUCUGGCUUUCCUCUCUUACCAGAGGAGUCGCGGCUCCUAUGCCCCGACGAGUGGGUUGACUUCGUCGCUUGUACCGUACUGGAGUGCCCCAAUCUAGUCGACGAAUGCCCACUGAGCAUGUUUUACGAUGAAACAUCGGUGCCCGAUCUUCCAGAGCUUGCGGCAAACAUGAAUUGCAGUACGGUCGAGGAAAGCUUUUGCAACACCUUUGGGUACGACGGCUGUUGCAUGGCGUCAUGUGAGGCGCAGAUACUGGCUUUGGCGUCCUGUGUAGUGAAGCAAACUGUUGGAGGCCGCUUGAGAUGCUGGGAAGCAUUCGACUGUGCUGCAUAUUCGGAAGAGGGACCAAUGGAGGGGAGGGUUUGCUUUCAGGAGGACAAGGACAAUUUCUCUUGCAUAUACACAGCAGAGUUGGAAACAAGUGAAGAAACAGAGACUUGGAUUGACGCCAUUGUCACUUGUUCGCUGAACGAAACCAUUGGCUUUGACGUGCCAAAUUCGAACGAUUGCCAGUGCCAGGCAACGAUCGACCGGGGUCAGGGAUCCGAACAAGUCUGUGACUGCUCUCUUUGCGGCGAAGACGAGGUUCAAGUAUUUUCGUUGGACUGUCGAAGCAACAUGGAUAACUCGUUUGUUGUGGACAGCUGCCCUACAUUGAGUUGCAACAACGAAUGCGUGGCACCAGAGAAAGUUGGCUUCCUUUCAAAUUUUGAUGUCGAGCUCUUUGCAGAUCGCAGCACGAUCACAGAGCUCAAUGAGACAGAUGUGACUGACGCGUUCUACCCCAUGAACUUUGUUCCGGUGAUUGAUACUCUCUUCUUCAAAGCGACCUCGGAAUCUACCGGAUACGAACUAUGGUUGACAGAGUCUAGCCUCAACGAUACCCAUCUUGUCAAGGACAUUAACCCAGGUCCGCAAUCCAGUUUGGACGAAAUUGGAAGCUUCGCUCUAGAGUCGGCUGAACUCGAUGGAUUGCUUAUGUUCUUUGCUGAUGACGGUGUGCAUGGAAAAGAGUUGUUCAGAAGCGAUGGGACAAAAAAUGGAACCAACUUGGUUCGGGACAUCGUGGAUGGCUCAGAAGGCGUCUCUGUUAGUAGCUUCAGAGGGGGGUCCAUGUUAGAAUACAAUGGGGAUCUUUUGUUUGUUGUGACAGACGAAGACGGCACCGAAACUUUAUGGAAGACGGAUGGAACCACUGAUGGCACAGAUCCAGUAGGAGACAACUUUGUUCUUCCACCGAGUGUCCGGUUCAACUCUGUUCUCGAAACUACCAGCUUUGAUGACAACCUGUACUUUGUUGCCAAGAACAAGAGUUCUUCGUCAAGGCUAUUCCUGUUCGUGUCAGACGGAACAGUGCGUGGCACCAAACAGUUGAGCGACCGGCAGAUUGCGGCAGGUAAAGAAGAUCUCAUCGAGUUCAACGAAAAGAUCUACUUCAAUGCAGGUUCUCUCUGGUCAACAGAUGGCACCAUAAGAAGCACUGAAGAGGUCGCAGGCCCUGACGGGGCUACAUUCACCGAUCCUCGAUCCAUGAUGGUAGUGAACAGCAGCUUGUUCUUCUGGUCUGGAUGCCAGCUGUGGACAGCUACCGGUAGUAGUGGCAGCCCCAUGGAAUAUGUUCUUCUGCUGGACCAUAGUGACGGUCGCGACUGCCCGAAUGAACUGACGAAGCUAGGGGAGAGAGUAUUGUUUCGAACUAGGAGCAACCGCGAAGAGAAGCCCUGGGUCACGGAUGGUACCCCAGAAGGAACCGUUGCCCUGGUCGACGCUUUGCUCACAAGCGACACCUCCUUUGCGGUCUGGGAGCACGAAGUGGCCUUUUUUGCUGCGGCAAAGACAGAUGCAUCCUUUGGGCAUGACCUUUGGGUUACCGAUGGCAGCCCGGCAAACACACACAUCAUUGGGGGGAUUGGCAUCGACGAGGUGGGACUAUUCCCUCACAUGGACAAUCUGUUCAUCUUCAAGAACGCCGUGUACAUGACUGUUUGGUAUCUAUUCGGACCCGGCCAUGAGAUUUGGAGAGUAAACAUCGCGGAAGACUUUGACGCCAGCAAAUACAUUGCGCCACCGGAGGUUGCCAAUAGUGCGGAGACUACAAGUGAUCCCGCGGCCGAGACUACCAGUGACCUGGUGACUGAGGCUACCAGUGAUCCGAUGGCCGAGGCUCAGAUGGCCGAAACAGUCACUCCGUCGCUUUUGGAGACUGAAACACCAACAGAGGCUUCGUCACUUGUCGAUGACGAGUUAACUAUCUCCAGGACGUCUGAUGGGGAGGAGGAUCCAUGAAGUGAUCCAUGAACUAACCUGUUUUCCUGGUGUAGUGGGAGUGUCUCCAAGCCCGCUGCACUGAGAAGACUAUCCAAGACAUUCAUGUACACUUCCAUGGGAUCUUAAUUAAAAGGGCUGGCUACGCCAUCUUCUACGAAUGAAGCAGUAAGUUGGCAAGUUGGGCAUGGCUGCUAUGAGGACAAAGACUAGGACAGCUUACGUCUUAUCAUAGUAAAGCCGAGCUUUUUCUUGUCUGCCUCGCUGCGAGGACGGAAUAUAUCAAGCCAUGUGGUUAUGGCAACCAAGAAACCUAAACUUAGAAUUGUCUCGCAAGCCAGC